AGGGAAAGGGAAAGGGACAAGAAAGAGGGCCUGAGGAAGGGAAGGGACUGCAGUCCUGGAACGCUUUGUGGAGUCAGGACCCUAAGUAACAGGACCUGGCAUUGGUGGAAAGUCUAGACUGGCAGAAGCUGCCAACCGCUCAGAGAGCGCAUUCAUUUAUCUGGGAAGAGAGGAGAGAGGAGAGGGAGAGAGUUCACGGCGAAGUGGAUGGAAGGGGAUCCGGGCUUCCGCGGCACAGAGAGUCUCGAGCCGGGACUAUGGCACUGAGACCGGCGCGGAGCAGCUGCGCGCCCGAGGACGCGUCUCCUCCAGGAGGACCAGCGGGCGUCGGGAACGGCUGCGCACAGAGGAACCAACUUGUGGCUCCAGACCGUCCCCAACGCAGCUGGAAAUGAGAUCAAAGCUGCAGUUUCAUGCCAGAAGGAUGAGAGGAGCCAGUGAUUAGAGAUUUUUUUUUAACCCUCUUCAUUCCUGUUUCGUUACUCCCCCCUUUAUUCUUUAAAUACAUAUUUUUAAUAUUUUUUCCCUUUUAAAAUUACCUAACACCACGUCAACCCCGUCACUUUGCGUUCCCUGCUUGAAAUAAAAGCGUAGCCUGAACUUCCACAACCUUGGUGACUCGAGAUCUGCGGCCGGAUGAUGGAGAAGGGGACACCAGUGCUGGCAGGGUCCGCUGGCGAGGGACCGCUUCAAGCGUCUCUCCGGUGAUCCCUGCCCUGAACGCCGAGUUCAGCUAUACCUGGAGGACCUGUACCCAGUGCCGGGGUGGGGGAGGGGACCCAGUGAAAGCCACACUGAGCCUUAAAAAAAAAAAAGUAGCUGACCGGGGGCGGAACGGGUUUGUUCUUGACAGCUGACGGAGCCUUGAAAUUUUCCUCCUCUACCUCCGCCCCCUCCCCCGCCCCUGCACCCCGCACUCCAUUUAACGUGAGAUUAUGAAAUCGCAGAGGCGGUGGAGGGAAGGCGACAGGAUCUAACAGGGAGUUUGGAGGGGCGAGGGGGGAAGGUGGCUGAGUGGCUGAAAUCAAAAAUCCAAUUGCGCACUGGGUUGUGAUGAGAAAUCUAAUCAGAUCUUUGACGAAGGGGCCGGCCGGAAGGGUAGCCGGUGGGGGCAGUUGAUCCCUAAAUUCUCCGAAGGGAAAGCUGGGAAAAGGAAUCGAGGAUGUAAAGAAAAGACUUUUUUGUUCUUUUUUUUCUUUCUUUCUUUUCUUUUUUUCUUUUUCUUUUUUCCUUUUCUUUUUCUUUUCUACCCCCGGAGGAGGUGGAUGUUGGGUGCCUUGCUAAAAUGAAGGAUACGGGACGCAGCUCUCUCUUGGAACAGAACGCAGAGGAUAAGCUGAUGGUGCCAGAGAGAAGAAAGAAUGAAGCUUUUUCUUGUGAGACCUGGAUCGUAACAUAAAUGUGUAUAUGGCCACACGGGGAGCAUUGGGGGGAAAAUGAAAUAAGCUGAUGUCAGAGCUGCGGGGUUUGCUGUGUUCUGACAUAAAUAAUCAUAAAAUAGCUGUCCCCCUCCCCCAAGGAUGUUUGGAAAUGGAGAACUGAGGAUCCACAAAGAAAAAGUGUGCUCAUUUUUCUCUAUCAAAGAGAAAGUACGCCAAGGAGAUAUUUUUGGAAUGAAAAGUUUGGGGCUUUUUUUAGAAAAGUAAAGACCUGAUAUAUAUAUAUAUUUUUUUUUCUUUUGGAAUUUCCCACAAGAAGAGAGGAAAUUAAUAGUACAUCUGCAAAGAAAUUCCACUGAAGAAAAGUUGACCGUGGAAGAACGAAGCAUUGAUUGAGAAAGAAAUCAGCAGAGGACUCUUGGAUCGGUGCCCGUGUUGACUAAAAUUGAAGGAUAAUUGCAGUUGGAUAUUUUUUUUUCUUCACCACCCUCCUUUUUAUGUUUUCUUUCUCGUUUUCUUUUGGUGUCAAGACCAUGCAUUCUUUCUUGUUCUUAACCACCUGGAUUUCCCUCGGGAUGUAGCUGUGCUGAAAUACAGUUGGCAAACACGUUGCCUAUUUGCUUCACAGAGACCCCAAUGGAGAACAAGACUGUUUGAACUCCAGAAGGACCAACACCAGAUAAAUUAUGAAUGUUGAACAAGAUGACCUUACAUCCACAGCAGAUAAUGAUAGGUCCUAGGUUUAACAGGGCCCUAUUUGACCCCCUGCUUGUGGUGCUGUUGGCUCUUCAACUUCUUGUGGUGGCUGGUCUGGUUCGGGCUCAAACCUGCCCUUCAGUGUGCUCUUGUAGCAACCAGUUCAGCAAGGUGAUUUGUGUUCGGAAAAACCUUCGUGAGGUUCCUGAUGGCAUCUCCACCAACACAAGGUUGCUGAACCUCCAUGAGAACCAAAUCCAGAUCAUUAAAGUGAACAGCUUCAAGCAUUUGAGGCACUUGGAAAUCCUCCAGUUGAGUAGGAACCAUAUUCGAACCAUUGAAAUCGGGGCCUUCAAUGGUCUGGCGAACCUCAACACCCUGGAACUCUUUGACAAUCGUCUUACCACCAUACCUAAUGGAGCUUUUGUAUAUUUGUCUAAACUGAAGGAACUCUGGUUGAGGAACAACCCUAUUGAAAGCAUCCCUUCCUAUGCUUUUAACAGAAUCCCUUCUUUGCGCCGCCUAGACUUAGGGGAAUUGAAAAGGCUUUCAUACAUCUCAGAAGGUGCCUUUGAAGGUCUGUCCAACUUGAGGUAUUUGAAUCUUGCCAUGUGCAAUCUCCGAGAAAUCCCUAACCUCACGCCGCUCAUCAAACUAGAUGAGCUAGAUCUUUCUGGAAACCAUUUGUCUGCAAUCAGGCCUGGCUCUUUUCAGGGGUUGAUGCACCUUCAAAAACUGUGGAUGAUACAGUCUCAGAUUCAAGUGAUUGAACGGAAUGCCUUUGAUAACCUUCAGUCACUAGUGGAGAUAAACUUGGCACACAACAAUCUAACAUUAUUGCCUCACGACCUCUUCACACCCUUGCAUCAUCUAGAGAGGAUACACCUUCAUCACAACCCAUGGAACUGUAACUGUGACAUCCUGUGGCUCAGCUGGUGGAUAAGAGACAUGGCUCCCUCCAACACAGCUUGUUGUGCCAGGUGUAACACUCCCCCCAACUUGAAAGGGAGGUACAUCGGAGAGCUGGACCAGAAUUACUUUACAUGUUAUGCUCCCGUAAUUGUGGAGCCCCCUGCAGACCUCAAUGUCACUGAAGGCAUGGCAGCUGAGCUGAAAUGUCGGGCAUCUACAUCCCUGACUUCCGUAUCUUGGAUUACUCCAAAUGGAACAGUCAUGACCCAUGGGGCAUACAAAGUGCGGAUAGCUGUGCUCAGCGAUGGUACUUUAAAUUUCACAAAUGUAACUGUGCAAGACACAGGCAUGUACACGUGUAUGGUGAGUAAUUCUGUUGGCAACACCACUGCUUCUGCCACCUUGAAUGUUACUGCGGCAACCACUACUCCGUUCUCGUACUUUUCAACUGUAACAGUAGAGACUAUGGAACCUUCUCAGGAUGAGGCACGGACCACAGAUAACAAUGUGGGCCCCACUCCAGUGAUCGAUUGGGAGACCACCAAUGUAACCACAUCUCUUACGCCACAGAGCACAAGGUCGACAGAAAAAACAUUCACCAUCCCAGUAACUGACAUCAACAGCGGAAUCCCAGGAAUUGAUGAGGUCAUGAAAACAACCAAAAUCAUUAUUGGGUGUUUUGUGGCCAUCACACUCAUGGCUGCGGUGAUGCUAGUCAUUUUCUACAAGAUGAGGAAACAGCACCAUCGGCAAAACCACCAUGCUCCAACAAGGACUGUUGAGAUUAUUAACGUGGAUGAUGAAAUCACUGGGGACACGCCCAUGGAAAGCCACCUGCCCAUGCCUGCGAUUGAGCAUGAGCACCUAAACCACUAUAACUCUUACAAAUCUCCCUUCAACCACACAACAACAGUAAACACAAUAAAUUCAAUACACAGUUCAGUGCAUGAACCGUUAUUGAUCCGAAUGAACUCUAAAGACAAUGUACAAGAGACUCAGAUAUAAAACAUUUACAGUUACAGAAAACAAACAAUCAAAAAAAAGACAGUUUAUUAAAAAACAUGACACAAAUGACUGGGCUAAAUCUACUGUUUCAAAAAAGUGUCUUUACAAAAAAAAAACAAAAAGAAAAGAAAUUUAUUUAUUAAAAAUUCUAUUGUGAUCUAAAGCAGACAAAAUUAUGUGUAUUCCUCAGAACCUGUUUUUGCUGCACUUACUAUUUUCCCACACCUCCUCUCUCCCCUCCCUGAUUGCCAUAUUUUUCAUAGAUCUCAACUCCCCAAAGAACUGGUCUAGGAAAUUUUGUAAGAAUUCUGUUACACUUUGAGAUUUUUAUGGUGAAUUCUAGUGGUGAGAUCCAGUCUAUUUUGUCUCUUUCUCUCUUAUAUUUUUUUUCAUUUUUUCUUUUUCCUUCAUGCCCUUAUGAAAUAGUCCAAUGGGGAAUGCAAUAUUAGAAAUAGAUUUUUAAGAAAGAAUGAGGAAAAAUGCAAGAUCUUAUAUUUUUCAUGUAACGACCUGUUCUGUAUUUAUGAGGAGGACAUUCUGUGGAGAAAGAAAAAAAAGUAAGCAAACAACAGAUUAAUUUACAUAUGAGCAUCUAUAAAACCCAUGACUUAAAAAAAAAAAAAAAAAGCAAACCUCUAGUACCAGAAUUUGUAGUUCAAAAGCUUAAAGUAAGAUUAUAAAUAAAAUAUUGUUGGUUUUUCUGUACCUGGACAUAGCUCAUUUGUAAUCUGGCUCAAAUGUGAGAAACCUGAAGGUAAUUAGAGUCCUUGUUUUCUAAGAAAGAUAACUCUACAACACUCUUAAUCACACCAUCAUUUUCUUCAUGUCUCUGCUGUUUUAUUUGACUUAAUUUACACAUCAGCAUUCAAAGAUGCUAAGAUAUUCUUGCCUUCUCAAGAUGACUAACCCUUGUAAAGCUUUCAGAUGAAAAGUUAACAAUUUAUGAACUAGAUGUAAUUCAAGAAGGGAGAAAAUACCAGUGUGAUAUAUUUGUUUCCUUCUAAAGAAAAUUCCACAGAGCAGAUGAAAUAGUGCCACAAAAGAGGAGUCAUUCUUAAUUGCUCACAGUUGAAAAUUUUUUUUUUAGUUCUGAGUGUUAGCAAAUUUAGUUCAAUUCAUUGAAAAGCAUCACAGAGCUAAAAUGAGCUAAAUGGUCACUUGGAUGAUGUGGGUCCACAAAAAGCAAGGCUGGUUCCUGCCCUUGCAUCGUUUCCAAGGAUUAUUCUCACUGGAUUACUAAGCAUUAGCAAUAAUUUUUGGCUUUUGGGUAAAUGGUAGUGUCCCGGGAUCUCAAAAUUGGAUAAUAUGAAAUUAUAAUAGAAGUUUCCUGAACUCAAGGUUUCUCACAUACUUAAAGUGGAGAUACCUUUCUCCUUCAGAAUACAAACUCCCAGUAGUGUAAGAAGUCAUCCCAAUGGAGUAUCAUGGAGUCAUAGGCAUAUAUGAACAGGAAACAAGGCUGAUGAAAUAAAUGAUAAUUUAACAAAAUUUUCUUUAAAGGAGCUGUGGAAAUUUUAGCUAAAGAGGACAGAAAAUAGCUACCAAAAAGAAAGAGAAAGCACUGGUUGUGAAUGUUUACAUUCUCUGAGUAUUUUAAUAUACUUUGGGUAUGACCUUUAUCUUUAUGUCUAUUCAACAAUGUAUGGACAGAGAGACAGUUAGACAAACACACACACACACACAUACACACACACACAGUUUUCUCACUAACCUUGAAAUUUUUCUUCUCCGUCAAACUGGGGAGGCAAUCAACGAAUGACUGAACAGAGGAAAACGUAUCUCCCAGUGGAUGAGCAGCUUGAACACUCACAGUUACUUUUACAGUCUCGACUUCAUGCCAGGUUUUGUGGUCUUCAGGUGUGAAAAAUCAAUCAUUUCUAGCACUGUAGGUUAGAAAAAUGGGAGGAAGAGUUAACAAAUGGAUGCAAGGACACAAAAGUCCUUUGUUACACACCCUUCAGCUUUUUUACUUCCAUAUCCCCUUCUUCCCUUUUUGAAAACCUAGUUUACAUUUGCUGUUACUGUUCAGUAGACACAGGCAAAGGGAAGGCAUAAUUGACUGUCAUUCAUAGUGCAUUGAGUACAUUUAAUGCUUCACAUACAUGGCAUGACAUAUGGGAGCAUAUACAUCCAAACAGACACAUACACUCAUACACAUAUACAUUUUGGAUAUAAAAUUAGAUCCAGUACAAAGAAGGGGACACUAAAGAGUGAAGAAGUGGGUCUUAUCUUCUUUACUUAAAUCUAUUCCUGGUUUAUAUUUACAAAUGUUUGCCUCUUUACUCUUUCAAAUUAAGUUUAUGAUUGUUAUACGGUUAGACAUAAAAUGUCCUAACCAUUGACUAUUUGGCAUGGCUAAACAGUUAGAAAAAUUGUACUAUAUACAAAAAAUAAAACAAACUACAAACAGACAAACUGAAGUCAGUGAGGAGAAAAUCCAAACUAUGAGAUACAUGCAACCAGAAUAUUACAGUAAUUCUAAAUAACACAUUUAAGAAAUAAAAUAAAUUAUGGAAGGUUUAAAUUAAUCAAAUUGAGUUAUGUAUCAAAUUCAAAUGUUGCACAAGCAGUUCUUAUUGCAGCUACAAGGAGUAAGAGUGGAGUGCUAUAAAGUAUAUAUAUUUUAAAGGAAGAUGAAGUUGAAUCAAAAUCUCUUCUGGUUAAUUUUAUGUACAUUUUCCACAUUGGUUUACUAACGUUUGGUGUGUUAGAGAAAUAUCCUGGUUUUGUUGAUGAGACAAAUCCUGUAUGAUCACUUACAUAUCCUUGCAUCCAAAUAAGUUCCAUGUAUAUCCAUUCUUUCCAUACUACAUAAAGGCAACUAAAUGAAUGGGUGAUUUUGAAAAAACAAAACAAAACACACACCAAAGUUAUGAUAGCAUGUAAAAGUGUGUUUGUGUGUGUGUGUGUGUGUGUGUGUGUGUGUGUGUGUGUGCGUGCAUGCGUUUGAGGGUCUUAUUUUCACAGACAUUUCAAAAAAAAAAAGAUUAUUUGCUGAGAAUCAAAUCUUUAUUCUUGACUAUGAGCAGAAUCUCAAGUUCUUCACUUGUGGAUAAUGUAUGUCCAUGCACAUACCUUGGUAAAACAUUGAAGGAAAUUGGGUAUCUCAGACACAUAGAUAUCAAUAUAACUUUAAUAACUUUCUCUCAUGUGCAAAAUAUUUUGGAAUCUAUCUUUAUGAAUAAUGCUUCAUAUAGGUCACUGGAACCAGAAACAGAGAAGAGUAAGGAUGAAAAUUAUUGUUACUAUAUGAUAAUUUCAUCUUUAUAGUCAGAUAAUAAAAAACUGAGGUGGUAUUUAAGAUACUUAGACUAGGAUAUUAUGAAUAAAGUCAUACCAAGAAAGUACAAAAGAAGUGUUAGUAUCUUGUACUGUGUAAAGUAAUUAAGUAUUUUAAUAGCAGAACUUAAAGAAAUAUUAGAGACAUGUUAGGUGGUGACUUUAGAAUACACAACCUUUCCAAACCUUUCCAUGGUACCAAAGUAGGAAAAAAUAAAUAAACAACAACAAAACCAGCUCCCCAGUCUGCCUUCUUUCAGAGUAACCUUAGUUGUAUUUAGAUAAAUGUAAACCUUAGGUAAAUGUCUGCAAACAGCCACUCUAAAGCCACACAGUUUUCAAACAUUACAAUCAGGUACUACUUGCUUCAUCUUACCUGUUUCAACAGGAACUCAAAGUUAAUUCUCUAAUUCAGUAUCACUGACAUAACCUAGAAAUGCCUGGGAUAUGCAUCAUUUUCCCAUAGGAAACCAAUUGUUUUUCUUAAAAUACAGUACAAGAAUGGCCAGUCUCUGUAAAAUAAUUGACCUGCUUCUCACAGUAUAUACAUCUCAUUAUUUGAUUAGAAUGUGAUCUCUGCACAGCAGAUACUCUUGCAGAGAAAAGAAUUAAAAAGUCUAAAAGGUUUCCUUCCAAAAACUGAGAUACCUUCUAUUUCUCUCACUUUAAUAACAUAAAAUCAGGAUUGCUUUGUGCUCUCUGUUGGGGCGGGAAGCAGCUGUGACACUGUUGUUUCUCUAUAUUCUACCAAGAUAAAGAACAAGAUACAUCUGGCAGUGGGAGAGACAAAAGACAUUUUCCAAAAUUAAUAUAGCAUACUGUCAAUCAGGACCUAAAUAUAGAUAAUGAAUGAAGCAUUCUCACAAAGUAUGCCAGUUCACACCAUAUUAUUUCCUAGGAAAAGCUGCCAAAACUUCUGAGACUUCAACCUUUCUUAACAUUGAGAGAAAUACACACAAACUAUAUUUAAAAUUGUAUAGUUUAAUUUUAUAGCAAUUGUUCAGCAGUAGUAACACAACUGUUCACUUUUCUUUUGCUCAGAAUAAAUUAAAAAAGAGGAAAUAAAUGUUUCCCUGACAAAGACAAUGAGUGAAGCUAUUUUGACAAAAGUUUUGAGUAUUAAAAGUCUGUUUGACAAAAUUUAUUGUGUGUACUAAAUAAUCCAUAUGUCCCCUACACAAAAUAAAUAAGAUAAAACCCAUGUAACUUCAA